UGGAUUCCAGUCAUGAUGAUGUCUCAGCAUCGCGAGCAUGCAAACACAGACAAGAAGAGCUUAAAACCUCUGGUGGAAAGACGACGACGAGAAAGAAUAAACAGAAGCUUGGAGAACCUCAAAACUCUUUUGCUUACACCACAAUUAGCCGGUGGUGGGCGCAGGAUGGAGAAAGCAGAGAUCCUGGAGCACACCGUCUACUUCCUGCAGCAACAUGUCAACAAAGGAAACAUGAAGCAGGUGCUUCACUCUUACCAACAUGGCUUCUCCUCCUGCCUGCAGAGGGCCGCCCACUUUCUGCAUUCUGACGGCAAAGCGAUGGCUGACGAAGCCUCAGCUUCCUCCUCUUCUUCGUGGCCCUCCUGCUCCCCUCCGACUAUCGGGGGUCCCUCCAAGGCCAUCCUUUCCAACACCGCGCCUCAAAAGAGGCCUAGCAUGGCGGGGAGCUUGUGGAGACCCUGGUCCUGAUCUACAACAUGAGGGGACAAUGUCAAGGCAAUAGAAUGUACAACUCACAUGUAUAUAUAAAUGUCAUUUUUUUUCAGAAGACCAAAAUCCACUGUGACGAUGUUGAUACAACGCACGUUUGCACCUUUAAUUUAUUUAAAUGUCGUGUGUGA